CUCUUCUUGUUUUGCUCUCAAUUCUCAAAAACUCUCUCUUCUAAAUGAGACAAAAGGGUCACAGACACGGAAGAACAGUAUCGCCUUGUGCCGGCUGUAAACUUCUCCGGCGAAAAUGUGUGAAAGAUUCAUGCGUCUUUGCUCCGUAUUUUCCGGCCAAAGAGCCUUACAAGUUUGCCAUUGUCCACAAGAUUUUUGGUGCUAGUAAUGUCAAUAAGAUGUUGCAGGAGCUGUCGGAGAACCACCGGAGCGACGCCGUGGAUUCGAUGGUGUACGAGGCCAACGCGAGGAUACAAGAUCCUGUGUAUGGAUGUGUAGGGACAAUUUCGUCGUUACACAGACAACUGGAAACUCUCCAAACUCAGCUCGCUUUUGCUCAAGCCGAGUUGAUUCAUAUAAGGACGCUCCACCGUAUUCAUACCAAACCCCCGCCGUACACGGCAAGUACCGUUACUUUCCCCUCGAACAAAGACUUCUACAGUGACAUCGACAUGGCUGUUGCGUAUACGGAUGAUGCCGGAGACUUCCUUUGGUCUUGCUAGCUUUAGUUAGCACUCUAUCAUAUCUUUGCAAUAGUUAAAAUAAAUAAAUGAUAAGAUGUGUAUGUAAUUAAUAUGAACAUGAUAAAUAUACAAUUAAAUUAAAGUAUUUGUCUAGAUUAGCAAAGUACUAGCUAAAAGAACUAAGAUUGUAAACUUUAUUUCAAUCUGCCUUCUUUCAAUGUUUUAUAUAUUUUUGUAUGAA